UUAUCAGACUAUAAAGAACUGAACGUACACCAUGAAAAGUGUGAGCAUAUAAACUUAUUGUUACUUUCAAAAUAUAACACUCACUCAAGCUGGUAUCGUGGUUGGAUUUGACUUGGACACUUACGACACUGGUUGCCUGUGAUUCCAUGGUAUCUGGGGCAUAUUUCCAGAGAAGAUCAAAAUAAGGAAAAUUGAAGCGUCAUUUUCUCUCGAGCGUGCGACAGGGUAAAAGGUCUCUCGACUCUUCGCCUGCGGUGUGACAGGACCCCGGGGAGCGCGAGCAUGAAAAACGGGCUAUAAAGGGAUAAUUGUUACUUAGACAAUGAUGGAACCGUACAACAGACGCAUUAUUCUUGCGCGAAAAAGAGGAGCCCCUGCGUGACAAUUGGAGAAUAGAGAGAGGAUGCCGAGGUACCCUCAGUUAUUGCAGCUGUAUAUUUUUCUACUGGAGCUUAAUAGAAUACACUCGUUUCAGGAAGCCGCCAUGGGCAUGUUUCCUAAUUUAUCCAGACCCCGUCGACCAUGUUGUAAUGGUAUACUAGGAUACGCAAAUCCAGAAAACAGGAUGCCGUGUGCGGAAAUGAGGUGCUGCAACUCCGAAGAAACCGUGGCCUUACAAAAAGUCAACCAUGCUCUAGGAUUCUGCUUCAGAUGUGUGCCGCAAUCCCAUUUCAUGACGAGUUGUUACACCGAUAACCAAGAGGUUGCCUCUACCAACGAGACUGCCAUGGAAUACAAAAUGAAGACAUGUUGUAAUGGCCUAAAGUUCGCUGUAGUUACCUACAAAAGUGGGGUCGCAUUGACAAUAAAAUGUGUUAAAAGGUGACAGGAGCUAACCUAUGUGUCUUAAACUCAAAGUCCAUCUUCAUCCUUCUUUUGUGACUGCAGCAGGAAUGCGUGUGUCAAUUAUUUUGUGUCUGUGUAAGGUUGUAAUUGUUGUAAGAAAAGGUACCCGCUUCUUAAAAAAGCAGAAGUGUACUUUGAACAAUGUAUAAUGGAAAAGUUUUGAUCGAAUAGGUCCAGUGAUACAAAUGCUUUUUGUUCGAUUGUAGUUUUAAUUUGGAAACAUAAAGUCUGACAGUGAUUCAAUAACUAUUUUACUUAUUUUAAAACAAUUUUCCAUCAUUACGUGUGUCAAAGGUUGCAACUUCAAUGCAUUAUGACAUAAAAUUUACUAAUUUCGUGCACAUAUCAUCAUUGUAGUAAAGGGUAAGUUUGGUUCAAUCUAAAUGCAAACAUAAACACAUUAUCCUUAAUUGUGUCCAUAUUUUAAAGUAUAACAUUUUACAUUGGGGACAUGUUAGGAGAUAUAUCAAUUACUUGAAGAAAAGAAACAUAUCUGAUGUUAUGUGCAUGUGUGAUCGGGUGUUUUGACAAUGGUUGUCAAGUCAGCACGCCUCCUUCACUCCGCAGAUCAGCAAAGUAUUUCUAACUCGUAUAUGAAACAUAAGUAAUAACAUAUAAUUAGUCAAGGCUCAAUAUCUUUAAGCAGUCCAAGAAUUGGCACUUUCAAAUAUAAAUUUGUAGGAUUUCAUACAAUGCUUAGAAUAUAAAUAAAUUUUAAA